UUUUUUAUGGCGACACCCAGAUCAUAGGAUAGUUGUGGUUUUGAUUUGUCCUGGUUGACCUGGUACUUGUUAGGUAACCAUGCCAAAUUUUGUAUUACAACAUGGACAACCAUCUUAUUUAUUUAUUAAUUUUUAUGGUGAUUAACUACCAAGUUAUAUAUUGUUUGCUCGGUACUUUUAUUUUUGUUCAACAUUAUAUUUUAUUGACUUUCUUUGUUUUUGCAGUAAAAUUUAGUCAAUCAGCUGUUUGGUAGUUUGCCAAAAAAAAAAAAAAAAAUGAACAAAGAGAAAAGGACUUCCUAUUUGAAGGCCUAUCAUGCUGUGUACUUUUAAACUGAAAAGUAAAAUUUGGAGGCUUGAAUAGGAUGUUCUAAAUAGAUUAUCUUAUAUUCUUAGAAAAAAAUGGUAAAAAAAUCACUUACUUUUUAAUUUUGGACAUGACCACAUGUAUGAGAGAUAAUAUGUGUAUGUGUCAGUCUAUUUUUGGAUAUGAUAAUGAGUGACAUGUCAGGAGCUGAGAGUUUGUCGACGACUGCAAGUGGCCGUGCAGUUACUACUGUUACCAACUCACUGAGUGCUGUUCAUUCUAGUCCAGGACUGGUCCUUGUAGCUUAUCCGCACCAAAGUUCGAAUCUUACACAUGUAAAUACACCAGGUAGUAGAGGAAGGCCACCACAGUACAACAUACCAGUUACAGCAACAUCUAGUCCCAGUGAACUGUGUCAAAACAUUAACAACUACACAGAGCAAAAACCAGCACAUUUUCAAGGACAAGGUAUCGGACAGGCAAGAGAAGUUGUUAGGGAGUUGCCUGUCAUAACACAAGCUGAAGAACCAGCUGUUAGUCCACCACCACUGUCGACAGCAACACGUAGACCGGGGUCGGAUCUAAUAAGACAGUUACUGUUGAGAAAUUUUACAGCAGAGAAACUUUUACAGUUUAGAUUGCAGCGACAACAACAAAUUCGUGAACAACAGCAACAGUUAUCUCCUACGACAUUACAGUCUAGUGGGCAACCACAGCUGAUAACACAAAAACAGGGAGCGGAAGAGUUGAGUGUGCCACAGGGUAUUGUUCAGCAAGAACUACCUAGUCAGGAACAAAUUACAAAACUUCAGCAACACGAAAAUAUAAGAAAACAGUUACUGCUUCUGCAGCAUACGAUAAAAGCUCAGCAGCAGCAAAGAGCUUUGCAGCAACAGCAGCAGCUUACAAGACAGUUCACAAACAUAAGUCAAAGAGGAAGCAACCAACAAACACCUACUGGCCAGUUCAGAAACUCUAGUCCACAGUUUGAGCAAAGUACAGAUAAAAGUGGUGUAAAAGUCCCGUCGCACAUGACUGGUGGUAGGAUAGGGGCCAAAGAUAGGCCGAAAGAAAUAGCAGAGACAAUGGAGAGUGGAUUUACGACAGGUGUUGUUGACCAUCCACCAUAUAUAUACACCUGUGGAGACUUACCACUAUCUACAGAUUUUGCUGAUGCCAGUAUUUACGCUUCAAGCCCUAAUUCUCUUCACAUAUAUGAACAAGAAAAAAUAGACAUGCAAAGCACUAUGGGCAUAAAUACAACAUGCACAAGCAUGGAUACUGGGACUACAACUGAAGACUUUGAUCUGAAAGCUCAGUAUGAAGUGUCCCAAGACAUUAGUAGUUACCCGCUGGCUGAUGUAUCAUCUACCGCUAGUCAGAACACUAUUUCUAGCAUGAUGCAAAAUGCAGGUGAGUUGUCUGUAUGGAGUGACAGUUUGAAACCAGCAAGUCAGGAGUUGUAUAUUAAAGUUGAGUCACCAGAUGUGUCUGCACCAACAUUAGCAGAAUUGAACAUGAAUGUAGAUUUACUGGAUGAUAUUGAAUCAUACAUAAACUUUGAGAUGAAUGUUAGUUCCAGUGCUCCAGAAACUAUUGUGAAGCAGGAACCAGGCCAUAUUCUGGAGAAAGAGCGGUCAUUUGAUCUGGUGGGGCAGGCUGGAGGCAGUGUUAAUCGUGUAUCGUCUGCCAGUCGUGUUCAGUACACACCCAGUGUUGCUUCCAUGUCAGUUGUGAAAACAGAGCCAGUUGAGACGAGUGGAAGUUGUUGGGAGAAAUAUCAGAAGACUUUCACACCAAUGACUCCAGUAAAACCUGAACUUGUUGUGCCGCAGGUUGUCACAGAAGUUAAAGCACCUCUGACCACCAUUAAAGAAAUUGACAUUUCAGACUUUACAACAUUGCAAAGACUUCUAAAUACACAACCCUCGCAGGCGAGGGUAAGUCGCAAGCGAACUGUUUCUGAGCCUCAAUCUGUUGUGAAACCAGUAUCUCGUAAACGGUCUGUAGGAUCUGCUGGACUUGACAGCAUGGAGUUAAAGUGGGAGGAGAUAAAGCACUUCCUUCACAUGGAAACACGGAAUAUCGGAGGAGAGGUUCCUGCUGUUCCAACUGUCAAAAGGGAGAGAACUAGAUAUGAUUCAACAAGCUCUGUUAUGACCUUGACCUCCAAUGAAGAUGAUGAUUCAGACAGCGACAAAGACUUCGAUGAUGACUCCGAUUCAGAUCUGGAGGGAGGACAUGACAUUGGUUCCCUGAAUCCCUCGGAGAGCCUCAUUGGUACCAAAGAAAAACAGUAUUUUUGGCAAUAUAAUGUCCAGUCUAAGGGCCCUAAGGGGACAAGGGUCAAGUUUGAGCUUGAAGAAGACCCUCAUGUACUGAAUGACUUUGAAGACCCUGUGUUCGGAUCAACAAGUACCGGGAAUCUUUCUGGUAUUGGGGUUUCUAUCAAGCAUGGAGGUAAAGCAAGAAAAGGGGAUGGGAAUGACAUUGUACCAAGCCCAAAAAAGUUGUGUCAGAUAGGGCUGCAGUUACGUAAGAUAAACAAGCAGAUAAAUGACUUUGUUCCCCUUGGUGAGCUUCCGUCACAGGCCAGGAGUAAAUCAAGAAAAGAGAAAAACAAACUGGCUUCAAGAGCCUGUAGGUUGAAAAAGAAAGCACAGCAUGAAGCUAACAAAAUCAAGCUGCACGGUUUGGAGUUGGAGCACCGUCGUCUGCUAACUGUGAUACAUCUCAUUCGACAGAGGCUUUAUGAGCGCUUGAAGAAAAUGCCGACUGAUGACAAAAGGUCCAUGUCUGAGGUUCUUGAAGCUCUGAUUAAAGAACAUCUUGGUGAGAUGGUUGGUGGACAUACGACAGACUUCGUCAACAGUGUUAUCCAUAAAGUGGAGGCAGGUGAUUUGUCGGGCGGUAUAUCGGUGCAUGCCACACGAUCAUAUCCUAAAGAACUACAUAACUGAUGAUAACCUGACAGAAAGUGGCUGUGUUAUUUGACAAUGUCUCAACUGAGUGAUUAAAGCAGUGCAUAAUUCAUGUGCAGUUAUAACUAAUGGCUGAUAUAUUGCAACUUGUUAUUUCACCAUGUGUUAACAUAUUCCUGUAUCUGAAAUGGCCGUCGUGUUGCUAUCAUUUUCAGCUAUAAUCAUGAACUAUUCUUGUCAGCCAGUACAUGUCAUCAAGAUCAUUGCUCACCGGAAUGAUGACGUCUACCGGAACGAUAACAUCUUGCUGGAAUGAUUACAUAAAUAAGAACAGUUACAUCUGUGUGAAAUGAUUACAUCUGUUAUACAUUGGAAAUGUGUUUUAGAGUCACGCAUAUGUAAUAAAUUCACAUUUUUAACUUUCUGUGUUUACACAUGUAAAACUUUCCUGUGGCAUUCUUUAAGAUUGACAGAAGUUUACUUGUAAUAUUACACUUGGUGGCACAGAAAGUGGAUUAUUUAGAAUGGAAAAUGUGCAAGUUUUGUUUAUAUGUUACUAAAUUAUAUAAGACAAACCAGUGUAUUUAUACUUGUAUUGGAGAGAAAAAAAAUCAUAUAAAAAAAUUGAAACCAUUGUUAACUUUCUUUGCUGUUAAUGAUAAUUUUUAAUUUUAUUCAAAUAUCCAAAUGCAUUGUUAAAGGUGAUCAAGAAUAGUUAUGUUUGACAUGUUUUAAGUUAUUUGUUGUUUUUUUUUUACCUCAAGUAUGUGAUAAUAAUUGUGCUGAAAAUGCAGAAAAUUGUGCUGAAAAUAUAUGAAAUUGUGCUGAGAUGCAGAAAAAAUCUGGAUGUUAUUUAUGAAAUAGGGAAUGUUGAUGAUACAUUGUUAAGAUUUGAAAAACUUAAUUGGAAAAACUUCAGAUGUUAAGAUGAUGUUAAGAUUUGGGAAAAAUAGGGAAAACUUCAGAUGAUGUGAAGGUAGAGAAAACUUCAGAUUAUGUUAAAUUUGGGAAAAUGUCAGAUGUUAAGAUUGGGAUGAUGUUACAAUGGGGGAAACUUCAAAUGAUAUUAAGAUGGGAAAAACUUCAGGGGAUGUUAAAAUAGGAAAAACUUCAGGGGAUGUUAAGAUAGGAAAAACUUCAGGGGAUGUUAAGAUAGGAAAAACUUGAAGAAGAAAUGUAUGACAAGUCAUGUUUAUUUUUAAUAGUACACCGUUAGGUUGUAUCACCCGUCUUGUAGCAGCCAGGAAGUAGUGCUAAAUGCUGCAAAGUCAGUAAUAUUCAUGGGCACUAAUUUUUGUGGGUUUCAUGGUUUUAUUUAUUGACAAAAUUAAAUCCAAAACAAAGAAAGUAAUGAUUCAUUUACUUCAAAGUUGGAUUCAUAGUUUAAUACUUUAUAUCAGAAAUAGAUAUUAUGGAAUAAUUCACUUGGGGCAAUGUCAUCAAAUAAUAACCUUUGUUGUGAUAAAUAAAUAAAAACAUGCUUUUAUGAUAUAUUGUUUCUGAAAUGAAUUCAACAGUUUACGGAAAAAACUUUUGUAAGAGAAGACAACAGGUGUGCUGUAUAUAGAUAAACCUUUAUGUAACAUAUAGAUAGACCUAUACAUAUGUCAUAAUACUUAAUUUACUUGAUUAAAGAAUUCUGUUGAUAGAAUUCAGGGUAGUGGACCCAUAAUGACAAACAGAAAUUUCCAUUUGUUAAUGUAUUUCCUGUGUUCUGAUUUCGGCACAGUGAGGUAUGAACAGAAGGCCAGACCUGUGCUAGUAUAAACUACAUUGCUGUCGGUAAAAUGUGGAAAUGCCAUAAGACUACAUAAUCACAUGGAAAUUUCCAGCUGCCACUAGAGGUCCGACACAGUGUGUAACUAUGUCAUAUAAGGUAGAAACGUUCAACACAUAAUUACUGUUGGAUUUCUCAGAAGAAAGAUGAUAAAUCGAUUUCAGGUUCAGGUGUACAAUUGUCCUUCAUGACAAUUUGACCAACAAAGGUCUGAAAUGUUUAUAUAAUUAUGUUCCCGAUAGAUACCGGAUUGGAAUGAAACCUGUCAUCUUGUGUUGCUAACUUGCUUUUAUAUUUUUGUUGUAAAAUAGUGUUCUUUAAAAUGUUGUUUUUUGGGUGUUUUUUUUUCUUCUUUUUUUUUGUUGAUAAUUUGAUAUGAUGCAAUAUCUUUGUAGAAUUUGAUCUCAUUUUUAUGUUAUUUCAUUCUGUAAAAUUGUUUCAUUAAGUGACAAUGCAUUUUUUCCACUACUUUUUAUUAAAUUGUUUAUUCAUACAUAAAUUUUAACACUUUCAGCCUUUUUUCAUAAUUUUUGUACAUAAAACUUCUGUUAUUUUUUAUAGUGAAAAAGCUAAUUGGAUAAUUUAAACAUUAAUAAGUAUGAAGAAGCUAGUCAGUUUUGUUGCGUGUUUGGUGUGAAGUUAAGAAUCUCUACAGUCUUUCUGUUAAUUGAGAACGGCCAUUGGCUCUCAGCUUGGACCUACAUGGCUGAGAAGUUAAGGUUGCUGACUUUUUAAUAACUUUUCCCUCACUGCUGUGUGUUUGAAGCCUGGCUUGGGGUCUACAGUUAUUUCAGGUUUGUGGUUUUACCUAAAUUUGUGCCCAAAUUUGCAGUAAUGCCCAGGUGUUUUCUCUUCCUUCUAAAGCUGGGAAGUCAUGGUAAUUUUGUUGGGGUGAGUCCCAGCAGUUGUCAGUGUACUUUAGUUUCUUGUAAGCUGUUAUAAAUCCCAAAUGACAUUAUUGAUGAUUGAGCAAAACCUUGUACAGUUACUUGUUCUUAUCUGAUGCUUACAAUUUAGUAUAUGCUACAAAAAAAGGAAAAUAAUUUUUUUUAGACAUGUCUUAAAUAGCCUGAAUAUACAAUUAAGUGUAAACAGUACGUUUUAUCUCGUUUAGAAUUAUUAUUUCGGAUUAUAGAUCCUACCGGAAGUUACAGGUCGGCUAGAAUUGAUGUUUGCUAUUUGUAUGUUAUUGAUGUGUUAGUAAUACACCCAAUACCAAGUUUGAUUAACCCUCAGCCUGCUAAAUUUCUAAAAUGGACUGGUCCAUCACUUAAUCUGGACAAUACCAUUUAUUAUUUGAAGGGGUGUUAGUGGAAAAUUUACUGACUGGAUAGCAAACAGUGCAGACCAUGAUAAGCCUGCAUAGGUGUGCAGGCUGAUCUUGGUCUGCACUGGUCGCAAAGGCAGAAUCACUUGGCGCCAGCAGGCUAAAGGUUAAGGAAAGAAUAAGUUAAACCUCACACCUGUUGUCUCAAUGUGGAUAGAUUAUUUCAAGAGAUAAACAUUUCUGUCUAUAAAUAUGUCUCUGUUUUUAAGUUUUCUCCAUACAUUCCCUGAACAGUUAACAUUGUUUCAUGAUUUACUGUAUGCGAUCAUUCUGUCAUUUCUUGUACAUAAUUAUUCCAUGUCAUUAUCGUGUUUAAUUUUUUAAAAAUUGAGUUUUACAUUAUUUGAAUUAUUUGCAUGCAUGUAUAUUUUAAAUAUUUUAUGAUAACUAUGUAAAUAUUGGUUGAAUUGUGAGAUGGUACUGGUUAUUACACAAUAUGUACAGCCAUGUUCGUAAAUACGGGUACGCUUGACAGAUUCAAAAGAUAGUUGAAAAUGUUGAUCACUAUAUCAUGUUGUAAAUAACAUCUUUUUGAUUAUUUUCUUGAUUAUUGAUAUAAAGUUGCCAUUUAUUUUAUCCUUUUGACUAUUCAUUUAUACACUGUGACUCUAUAUCUUCACCAGACAGUGCUUGUGGGGACAACAUUGAAAUUUCUGUGUCCAGUCUAUGUGUUGGGGCAAACUGUUUGACUUUAAUAUAAAUUUUGAUUGGUAAUUUUGUAGAGCAUGGCUAGUUUUAAAUUAAAAUUCACUUCAAUGCUUCUAAAGUUCAUUCAUGCCAUGGAUUUGUGUGAAUUUUCAUUUCAGCAUGUGCAUAGUAUGCCCCAGGCCAGAAAAAAGGAAAUAUCACUAUGGCACAAACAUGUGUCUUUUCUGACUCAAUAAGAUUGAUAUUGCAUAGUGAUAUUGCAUGUCCUUGUUUAUGUUAUGUUAAUUACCUAAGUCGCCAAAAUUGUAAUUUGUUCAUUGUCGACAAAUACUCAACUUAAGUUAUCCAGUUCUGUAAUUAUUAUUUCUAAUGUUAAUAAUGGAACAAUUCCUUUUAUGCUCAAGAUUAAGUUGCCAAGUAAUGCUUAUCUGUUAAAACAAAUAAUAAAUUUGAAAUUAUUGAACUAGAUGAAUACAGGAAUGUUGAACUGGCCUGAGGCUCCAACGACUUGUUGAAUAAAUUCUGUACUGAAAAUUGCUGGUAUGGUAUCAUUUAUAUAAACAGUGGAUAAAACUUGAUAUAAUCAGAAUACAGCCUUAGCAGUCACCUGUAUUGAGCAGCCACUUUCCUUAAACAGCCAUCUAGCUUUCUUCCCAAAUUUACUUUAUUUCUGGCGCCAUAUAACCUAUACUGUGUUGGUGCGCCGUAAAACCCAAAUGAAUAAAUAAAUAUUUCUAAUACCAACUUUCCUUUACCAGCCACCUGCCUUUAGCAGCCAGUUUGUAUCACUCCCUUGAAUGACUGUUUAAUACAGGUUUACCUGUAUGUAGCAAAAUGUAGAUAUCUUGCUUAAAAUGAUAAACACAACUAUAGAAUUACUGUUUCAAGUGUGUUCUGGAAAUGAAAAUUAAUCAUGGUUAAGUUUAUUAAAACAAGCACUGCGUUGGAGGUAUAAAUCACACUCAUUUAUAGACCUAGUACCAGUAAGUUUCAUUUUAUUGUGAAUCUUUCACCAUAAAGUGAUAACAAUAUAUAUGUUAUAUAUAUAUAUACAAAAAAUUUGAGCAAGUUUGAAUAUUUCUCAAUAGCAUUUUAUUGUCAGUGAAAAUAUGGUACCAGAAUAGCCUUAGUCUGACCAUUCGUAUUGAUGUCAGUAGUCUUCUAAUGAGUCUGUACAGUUUACUGUAAAGCAUCAGUCUGGUUACAUGCUAAAAUUACUCUUAAAUCAAAUACAUUGUGGCUUUUUUUUGCUAAAAUAUUCAAGCUGUUCGCUGAUUAGAAUGUUUUGACACAUGCUUAAUUUUCAAGGCUAGCACUAUCAAUACUGGAACGCUCAUUAAGGCCAACACCAUCAAUAUUAGAGCUCUCGUUUAGACUAACACCAUCAGUACUAUAGCUCUCCCUUAGGCUAACGCCAUCAGUACUAGAACUCGUCUUUAGGCUUACACCAUCAGUAUUAGAGCUCUAAUUUAGGCUUACACCAUCAAUAUUAGGGGGCCUCCAUGACCGAGUGGCGAAGGUCGCUUACUUCAAAUCACUUGCCCCUAUUCAAUGUGGGUUCGAGCCUCACUCGGGGCGUUAAAUUCUUCAUAUGAGGAAGCCGUCCAGCUGGCUUACGGAAGGUCGGUGGUUCUAUCCAGGUACCUGCUCGUGUUGAAAUAAUGCACGGAGGGGCACCUGGGGUUUUCCUCCACCAUCAAAGCUUGAAAGUCCCCAUAUGACAUAAUUGUGUCGGUGCAACGUUAAACCCCCCAAAAAACAAACACCAUCAGUAUUAGAGCUCUCAUUUUAACUAACACCAUCAAUACUAUAGCUCUCCCUUAGCCUAACACCAUCAGUACUAGAACUCUCCUUUAAGCUUACACCGUCAGUAUGAGAGCUCUAAUUUAGGCUUACGCCAUCAAUACUAGAGCUCUCCUUUAGGCUGACACCAUUAGUAUUAAAACUCUCCUGUAAGCUUACAUCAUCAGUACUAGAACUUGCCUUUAGGCUAACACCACCAGUGUUUGAGCUUUCCUUUAGUCUAACAUCGUCAGUGUUAGAGCUGUCUUUUAGGCUAACACCAGCAAUACUAGAGCUCUCCUUUUGGCUAACACCAUCAAUACUAGAGCUCUCCUUUAGGGUUACACCAUCAAUACUAGAAGUUACCUUUAGGCUGACACCAUCAAUACUAGAGCUCUCCUUUAGGCUUACACCAUCACUACUAGAAAUUGCCUUUAGGCUGACACCAUCAAUAUUACAUAACACCAUCAAUAGUACAGCUCUCCUUUAGGCUGACACUUCAUAUCAGUAUAAGAGCUGUCCUCUAUGUUUCUACCAUCAAUAAAUGAACUGUCCUUGCGGCUGCAACCGUCAAUACAAGAGCUUUCUUUUAGGCUCACAUCAGCACCUUCAGAGUUUCACAUAGGUUCAUGUGAUCUUUACCUUAGAUAUUUACUUUAUUACAGGAGCUCCUGUGUAAGAUUGAAUUCUGCUUUGCUAAAGCUUGCAAGAGCUCUACUGUACAAGUUCUGUAUCUGUAACAUUAAGUGAAAUUUCAACUUGUUGUCCUUUUCAUGUAUUCUAUAACAUUUCAAACUGAAAAGUCGAGAUCUGCCAAGGGUUUGACAUCCAAUUUUUAUAAAAGUCUACCAAAAUUAAGGAAUUGCACGUAGCAAAAUUUUGUUUUAUUGAUUGUAUAAAUGUUUUUAAAUUAAAAUGUAUUAUAAUUUUUAGUUCGACUAUACGAAGUAUAAGGAGAGGUAUCCUACUCGACCUGGCGUCGGUGUUGGCGUUUUUCUGCGUCCGCACCUCGGUUAAAUUUUUUUUUACACUUUCUCUUUUUUCUUCUUAUCUCUGUAAUUAUUUGAUGGAUUUGAUUCAAACUCAGAAUAGUUAUUCCUCAUCAUCACCCACAUCAUCUGACAUAAGGGCCAUAACUCCAAUAUUUCAUGAUUUAUCCCACCUUUUCACUUAGAUUUUCAGGUUAAAGUUUUGAUGCACUUUCACUCUGUCUCUGUUAUUACUGAAUAGAUUUGAUUCAAAUUUAAAAUGAUUGUUCAGCAUCAUCAUCCACAUCAUAUGAUACAAGGUGCAUAACUCUGGCACAAAUUUUUCAUGAAUUAUUCCCCCAUUUUACUUAGAAUUUAGGGUUACAGUUUUGAUGCACUUUCACUCUAUCUCUGUUAUUAAUGAAUCGAUUUGAUUCCUACUUAAAAUUGUUGUUCAACAUCAUCACCCACAUCAUAUGACACAAGGUGCAUAACUCUUGCACCAAUAUUUUAUGAAUUAUGCCCCCUUUGUGCUUAGAAUUAUACUUAUAUAAUGAUUUGAUACACUUUAUCUUUACCUCUCUUAUCAGUUAAUUUUUUUGACACAGACUCAAGCUGUUGUGCAAUAUCUUCAUCCACCAUUGGAGUCAUUAAACACUCCAGUGACAGCUCCAGUUUCCUCAGAAGUGCCCAGUUUCACUAUCCAGCAUUGAAAUAGUCAAGUGCGCUGUCUCCUGUGACAGCUCUUGUUUUCUAUUCAAUUUAUACAUACAAUGUUCUCCUUUGAAAUUUUGGCUGUAUGUUGUAAUCUUAGUCCUUUUUAUAUAAAAGUACUUUUCAUCAUAAAAUGAUCUGAAUAAUGUAGUAUAAAGUACAUGCCAGUCAAUUCUGGCAUCUAAUUUGUUGAAUUUGAGCUCAGUCUGAAGUUAACCAAUGACGAAGUUGAUUUAUUAGACUGGACUCCAAACUUACUUUCAUAAUCGUUUACCCUGUUUUAUUAUUUAGACUGAUUCAAGUUUGUUCAUAUUGACAAGAGAGUAUCCAAACAGCUGUGGUAGUGAUGAUGCUUGCUUCAGUUUUUACACAGACUAAAAGCUCUAAAUGUAGAAUGUUUGCUGGCACAUACUGAUUGACAAUGUAGAAUUAUUAAUUCCACAGAUUAUUUGAUUUGCACGACCAACUAUCUGAUUGGGAACUGUACAUUAACUGAUAAAAAAUGAUUGUCUUUAUAUAGAGUAGAACUUUCUUCCUAAAUUAUUUGAGAUAUACUUUUAGUCAGAGUCUGCUUCUUAGGUAGAAUUUAUAGUUUAUCAAGAGUUUCCUCUUACAUGAUUAAUUUUUAGUGAUACUUAAUCCUGGUUUAGUUAGGUUGCAAAAAAUACUCAGUGUUAAACUGUUUGAUUGAAAGUUGAGAAUUUAGAGAAAAUCUUAGAAAAAAGAAUGUUAGAGACAAAAUUUAAAAAUCAGAAUUUCAAAGUAAUUGUAUGGUAGAUGUCAUUUUUUCUUAGACGACUUCACUGCAUUUAGAUUGAAAUGCAAUGUACUAAAAACAACUUUGCAAAAUUUAAACAGUAAGACUACUAAUGGCAAUAGCAGUUAGGACUACAGUUCCCAGUUAGGAAGUUGGACACACUUGAAAACUUGUAUUCAUGUACAGAUUUACCCUGUGUCUUUCAGAAUGGUGGAUCAGUGAACAUUUUUAUACAUAAACUUUUUUUGAAACAUUUAAUAAUAUAAGCUUACUGUAGUUUCAGUUGUUGUGCUCUAGUUGUGACUAGCUGUGUGCUCGUCAACAGAUUUCACAUUGUUAACAAGUAACACAUUGUCUGCUGUGUAGUAAUUAAAUUCUGAAACAAAGUUUGAAUAGAGUUAUACCAAAAUAAAGAUACAAUUUUAAAGUAGUCGGCUGCAUGCUAUUGUGAGUUUUGAUUUUAUUAGAAGUGUUUUAUUUGAAACUAGAAAACAAAGUGUCAGGCUAAAUGUCAACAUAGUUAAAACUUUGAGUUCUAUUCAACUACCACAGGGAAGUUGAUCUCUCUGAACAUAAAGAAUAAACAUCCCCAUUUGGAAGCCAAGAAAAGUAAAAAAAAAUGUCCAGUUAAGUGUAAUGUGUAUAUAUAAACUUAACUGGAAAGGUAUUAUUUUGAUGUUGCAACAAUAUCAAUGUUAAAGUAAAUUAAGCGGAGAAAAGAAUAUACGAUAAAAAGACAAUAUAGUUGCAGUAAAACAGUAUUUUGAAAUCCUGGCAGUUUGAAUUGUAUGUCCAGAUUUCUACUCUUGUUAUAUAGAUCAGACUGUUGUAUGUAUUCUGUAAAAAAAUAUCAUGGUUAAUAUAAGUAAUUCUGUUGUAUAUCACUAAUUAAGGUAUAAAACAAAGUCAAUUUUAUGUAGAUUUUAUGCAAAUUAAGUCAGAUUGUAUGGUUAAACUUGUAUAUAUAUAUAUGAUCAAUUUUCUCUGUGAUUUCUGUGGUUCACAAUGUGAUACUUUCCCUUGUAAAAACACUAUUUUUGAUAUAUUUUGAAGAAAAAGAUAACCUUUGAAAUACACAACUCGACAAUAAAAAUAAUUGAACUUGUA